AGGUUGUUGGGUUUAGAGCCGGGCGGAGACCACGGAGACUCAUUCCUCAGGAGCAAGGGUCGGGUGUCAAGGAGACCUCUCCGCGCCAGCUCGCGUUCCCCGCCUACGGUGGGUGGGAGCGCACGGCAGAGACAAAGGAUAUCAGUAGGGCUUGGACUUAGCGGCGAAGGGAAGUCGGGUGUCCGUGUGGGGCGGUGGGCGUCUCGGGCUGGGGGCGGGGGGAGGGCGAGGCUCCCGGCGAGGGGAGGGGGGCUGUAUUUAAACUCCCGGAGCCGUUAAGUUGGUUCGCACUCCCGAUGCGCGCGCAGCCCGGGUGGUGGCGGAGUGCGCAUGCGUGGCUGCUGGGCGAGCGGAACGCGCGCCCGUCGUGCGCGCUCGCGGCGGAGUGGUAGUGGCGGCGGCGGCGAGGGUGGCGGCGCACGCGCAGUGGCUUCCUCGGCUUGUCCGGGUCUCGCGGGCAUCUUGUUUUGGUCUCGCGGGCGAGUGGGGCGCGCUCGGUGGGGCGCGGGAGGGAGGGAGGUGGAGGCGCUUGGGCGCGAGGCCGAGCUGCGCGCGCACUCGGGGAAGGGGAGGGAGUGAGGCGGGCUUAGGAGGGUUGCAGGGGGCUUCCCCCUUGAUCUCUUCUCGGUGCCUUCGCUUGGGAAGGGGAAAUUAAACGGGGCGAGGAGAUGAUCGAGAUGGCGGCGGAGAAGGAGCCCUUUCUGGUGCCGGCCCCGCCGCCGCCGCUCAAAGAUGAGUCGGGCGGAGGGGGCGGCCCCGAGGUGCGAUCGCACCGAGAGGCAGCCUCCGGGGAGCUCCGCGACGGGACGGAACGCGGCGGGCCGGGCCCACGCGCGCCCUCGGCCGGGGCCGCGGCAGCCAGCGGAGGGGGCGGCCCCCAGGCACAGGCGCACGGGGAGCCCCACGGGCGAGCCACUGCUCCUGCGGACGUGGGGGAGGAGCGCCGGGGAGGGGGCGGGACGGACCUGGGUCCCCCGGCCCCUCCUCGACCUCGCAAUGGCUACCAGCCCCACCGACCCCCCGGGGGUGGCGGGGGCAAAAGAAGAAAUAGCUGUAACGUAGGGGGAGGGAGCGGUGGAGGCUUCAAGCAUCCGGCCUUCAAGAGGCGCCGGCGGGUGAAUUCGGACUGCGACUCAGUGUUACCCUCCAAUUUUCUUCUGGGGGGCAAUAUAUUUGAUCCACUGAACCUGAAUAGCCUCCUGGAUGAGGAAGUAAGUCGAGCGCUCAAUGCGGAGACCCCAAAGUCAUCCCCACUUCCGGCCAAGGGGCGAGACCCUGUGGAGAUCCUCAUCCCCAAAGAUAUCACUGACCCGCUCAGUCUCAACACUUGCACUGAUGAGGCCCAUGUAGUUCUUGCCUCGCCACUCAAGAUUGGUCGCAAGCGCCAUAGACACCGGGGACCGCACCACCAGCAGCAGCAGCAGCAGCAGCAGGCAUCUGGAGGGAACGAUAGCAAUGCCGCGCUGCCCACUGACCCUCUCACCCCCUCACUCCACGGGGAGGGUGCCACGCAGCAGCACAGGGGCCAGAACCGAGAUGCCCCUCAACCUUAUGAACUCAACACAGCCAUCAACUGCAGGGAUGAAGUUGUGUCUCCCCUUCCCUCUGCCCUGCAGGGCUCCUCAGGCUCCCUUUCUGCCCCUCCAGCUGCCUCAGUUACCUCUGCACCUUCAUCUUCCUCCUCCCGACAUCGCAAACGUCGCAGGACUUCCAGCAAGUCGGAGGCAGGGGCUAGGGGUGGAAGCCAGGGUUCCAAGGAAAAGGGCAGAGGGAGUGGGGGAGGCCGCCAUCACCACCCACUACCUGCCACUGGCUUCAAAAAGCAACAGCGAAAGUUCCAGUAUGGGAACUACUGCAAGUACUAUGGCUAUCGCAACCCUUCCUGCGAGGACGUGCGCCUUAGGGUACUGAAGCCCGAGUGGUUUCAAGGCCGGGACGUCCUAGAUCUGGGCUGCAAUGUUGGCCAUCUGACCCUAAGUAUUGCCUGCAAGUGGGGCCCAGCCCGUAUGGUGGGGCUGGACAUUGAUCCACGGCUUAUCCACUCUGCCCGCCAAAAUAUCCGACACUACCUGUCUGAGGAGCUUCGUCUCCAAGCCCAGACUUCUGAGGGUGACCCAGGGACAGAGGGGGAGGAAGGGACUACCACUGUCCGAAAAAGGAGCUGCUUCCCAGCCUCACUGACAGCCAGCCGGGGUCCCAUCGCAGCACCCCAAGUGCCCUUGGAUGGAGCAGACACAUCUGUCUUCCCCAACAAUGUCGUCUUCGUCACGGGUAACUAUGUCCUGGACCGAGAUGAGCUGGUGGAUGCCCAAAGACCUGAGUAUGAUGUGGUGCUCUGCCUCAGCCUCACCAAGUGGGUGCAGCUGAACUGGGGUGACGAGGGGCUGAAGCGCAUGUUCCGCCGGAUCUACCGCCAUCUGCGCCCUGGGGGCAUUCUGGUCCUGGAGCCCCAACCAUGGUCCUCCUACUGCAGGAGAAAGUCUCUGACGGAAACAAUCUAUAAGAACUACUUUCGAAUCCAGCUGAAGCCAGAACAGUUCAGUUCCUACCUGACAUCUCCAGAGGUGGGCUUCUCCAGCUAUGAGCUUGUGGCCACACCGAGUAACACCUCCAGAGGCUUCCAGCGUCCUGUGUACUUGUUCCACAAGGCCCGUUCCCCCAGCCACUAAGUGGCCUUCUCAACAGAAGGUGUGAAGAGGCUGCCCUUGCUGCUCCUGAGGACCUGGGGGAAGAGGAAAUUAUCCCAAGGUCUUUCCUGUCUAACUCCAAAAAGUUUCCUUUCUUGGAUCUGUAAAGAGAGCUUUUCUUAAGUUGCUUCUCCCAAGUUUUCUCCCUGACACCUCUGGCACUUGAGUAAGCCCAGCUGUGCUGGAAUUACAUCAGCUUCCUCUCCCAGCCUGCUGGGCUGGAUGGCAUGGACUGUUUGCUGACUGUCCUCCUAGGGCAUGGGAAGGGAGAAUGUCCAGUUCUCUAGGCCCUUCCUCCUGUUCUCCAAAGGAGAUUCCCGCUUCUCGGCCUUUGUUCCUAGCUGCACUUAAGUGGACCAUGGAUGGACUAAGGGUGUUAGAGGGGAAGUUUGGUAAGGAGACACACAGGUACUGUGAAAAUCCUUCCUUCUGCUGUCCCCCGGUGGGAGAGGGAGCUGGGUUUGGAAUGUGAGAACAGCACAAUAAACUUGAUAACUAGGGCAGUGGCCCCUGCA